CCCAUCAAUUGCGUGAAUUUGAGUGUUUACCGCAGACGCAAACGGCAAACGAUCAAAGCGCAUUUUUGCAACAACCGCGUUUUUUACUUCGAACUCGGAGGGUUCGAGAACCAUGUUCUGGAACCUCUGGUGCGAAAAAGUCAAAUUUCUCUCGCCAGAAUCCGGGUCCUCGCACUCCGAAACCUCAGUCGCCACCUCGUCCACCAACAGCACGAUUUAUCUCGUCGACAGUAAACAAGUCGUGAAACCGAACGGCCUAACGCAAGUCUGGUGCAAAUUCGGUACCGGUAAUAGCCAAGCACCGAAGUGGACAGAUCGGUUCCUUUACAUGGGAAAAAAUUUCGAAGAGUACUCAAAUUAUAAACCAAUCAUGAACUCACCAAGCAUUUCGCAGUUUGUCAAACAGAAACGAAAAUCGCAUUUUUCGGCCCCGAAAAGUCAAACGAGCCAAAUUAACGAAGUACACAUCGGUGAUAGCUACCACAUUAACAGAUUUGGUCUUGGAAUUAAGGAAGGUUGCAAAAGCCGGCUGUUCCUCCCCGCUGAAGACUACAUUCUUCCACGGAGGUUCAGCCAAACUAGUGGCCAAUCUUCAGUAUAUUACGACGAUAUCCAACUGACUGGGCACACCCCAGACACACUGGAACUCAUGGCUGAAGAUUGCGUCCGACUGUGGGAAUUAUCGAACGAGAAUCCCAGAAGGGGCACGAGACAUCGGCGGCGGUACGGAAUAGCCCCACAGCCCUUGUUCUUGUACGGCUUAGGCCCUUGGAACAUCAGUCCGGGCGCAAAAUACUCGAUUCAGGUCAAAAGGGCCGUCUCAGUGGUCACAAUUCGUCGACAGCCAGUCGAACCAGAAUUGCGACUACCAGUCACUAAAAGACAAUUAGUCGCAACCAUCUCCUGCGAAGCCUUGCAUCAAGAUAAGUCAAAAAUUAAUCAACAAAUGUCAUGCGGGGGUCCUCGAAGGCCUGUCAUAUUUUUCUGGACUCCUGAUUACUGGUAUCGGCCACGAUCGGCGAAAGAUGCCUAUCAAGAGUUGCAAGGCCACUUAGCUAAGAUCAGCGAAUACCACCAAAAACACAAAAAGAGACGCCGUUUGUUCCGACGCCGCGUCCAGCCAGAACCCGAAUCCUCCGAUUCGGAUUCAAGCCUGGAAACGCGCCAAAAAUACCGCAAGAAACGCAAAUCCAUGAUGCGGUUUAACGUCUUUGGCGGUAAAACGCACGACGUUUGGGAUGUUGCUUUGUGCUGCAUAUCUAUGGCAGAGCAAGAAAAAACGUCCAAAGAGACGGCUCUCCAGCACUUGAAACGCUUGUUGAAGCUCGACGUCAAACUAACAGCCUGGGACUUCAACUCGACGACUCUCGCCCAACAACUCACCAUGAUCGACAGGGACUUGUUCCUUAAAAUAUCGGGACUGGAACUCAGCGUUUUGAUAUCGCAACAGUCGUCGAAAAACGCGCCAAACGUAGCGGCGAUGGUCGCGUUCUCGCACAGAAUCUCCUGCUUGGUGGCGAGCGAUAUCCUCAAAAACGAAUGCGAGAGGAUGAGGGCGCGAUUGAUUGCACGAUUUAUCACAGUUGCGGAAAAGUGUCACCGAAUUUCCAACUUCCAGUCCUGUCGGACUGUUUUGUUUGGGCUUCAAAGCCCGGCGAUUUAUCGCCUGAAGACGACUUGGGCGUAUGUUAGGAAAAAACACGCCAGCAAAUACCAGGUUUUUGAGUUUUUGUGUCGACUCUACCGAGAUCCGCGAUUGUUGGCGUAUCAGAGAAGCUUCUUUUUGUCCUCGCAAACCACUCCGUAUUUGCCUUUUAUUGGCGAUAUGAUUGCGAAAUUGCUAGAUAAAAUACCGGAGUAUAAAAUUGUGAAAAAAGAAAAGGUGGAGAAGGCUGAAGAAGGGUCGCCGAAAGACAGUGGACUUUUUACGAAGUUGCUGAUGUCUAUGAAAUUGGUUAAUUUCCAAAAUAGCGCGUCUGAAUCUAAAGUGAAUGAUUCCGAUGAAAAAAAGGGACUCUGUGAUUACUUUAAACCCCUUGAUUGCUAUGAAGACAACCGAUUCAAAUGCCUGAUUGAAACAACGGAGUUUUUGCAACAGUGUCAACUCAGUGCGUUACAUUAUAAUUUUAUGCCAAACAAUCUUGCGACUGAUUAUUUGUUGAAAGCGAGGUACAAAGAGGAACGGGAUAAUUUUUAUCAAUCGUUUAGGGUAGAGUCGUUAGAGUGUAUGGAGGACUAGUUAAAUAAAGAAAAAAUGGCACACUA